GGAGGAUUUCCUCCCCCCUGGUCCUCGGUGUCAUCCUCCUGCUUCUUCCAGGGAUGCAUCGGCGUGAGCUGCACCUGCUUGAAGCUCCACCGUCAUGAAACGCAAUGCCCUGCUUUAACACCAGCUAACACUGUUAGCUCAAAGGACCCAUUCGGUGGAGAAAGAAACGAGCUCGAUGAAGUGUGAUUUAACGCAUCGUCAGAGGAUUCUUCUCGGUUCCAGCAGUGAGACAGCAUCUUUCUCGGUGACACAUCAUUAGCACUACGAAGUAGCUAAGCUUUUCAGUACAACAUGUCAGACAAAAGUGACCUAAAGGCUGAGCUUGAGCGCAAGAAACAACGCCUGGCCCAGAUCAGGGAGGAAAAAAAGAGAAAGGAGGAGGAGAGGAAGAAGAAAGAGGUAAGGAAAAAAAUCGAGAGCCAGCAGAAAACCGAAGUGACCCCUGAAGAUUCCGACUUGGAUCGCAAGCGCAGGGAGACGGAGGCUCUGCUACAGAGUAUUGGCAUCUCUCCAGAACCUCCACUAGUCCCGACUCCUAUCUCCCCCUGCAAAUCAGUGAGCACGCCCAGUGAGACAGGAAGCCAGGACUCAGCUGAUGGAGGCGCAGCAGGAAGGUCAGGUUUCUCUAAAAACAAGUCCCAAGCACAGAGCUCAAGGACACUGCAGUGGGACACAGACCCCUCUGUGCUGCAGCUGCAGGCUGAUUCUGAGCUCGGGCGCAGAAUGCAGAGGUUGGGAGCGUCUAAAAUCACACAGGUGGACUUUCCCCCCAAAGAGAUGGUUUUUUACAGCAAGGAGACACAGACACCUGUCAACACUCACCUGUCUGAAGUGGAGGAAGAAGAAGAAGAAGAUGAAGAGAUGAUGGAAACGAAGCCGGCUUCAGAGUCGGACCAGCCGGAUGAAGAUGACACCAAGGAAAAUAAAGAAGGCUCAUUUCCGAUGCUGAGAGAGCUCACGGAGGAGGAAAGACAACAGAUCCUGCAUUCAUCUGAGUUUCAAAGCUUCUUUGAGGGCAGCAUCCGAGUGAUGGAGAGAGCCCUCGCUGAAGACUGCGACAUAUACUUUGAUUAUAGUGGUCGAAACCUUGAGGACAAGGAAGGAGACAUGGGUAGUGGCUCCAGACUGUCCCUCAGCAGAGUCUUCUAUGACGAACACUGGUCCAAACAUCGUGUGAUCACCUGUCUGGACUGGUCCCCUCAGUAUCCCGAGUUGUUGGUUGCCUCCUAUAACAACAAUGAAGAAGCCCCCCAUGAACCAGACGGCGUUGCACUGGUUUGGAAUAUCAAAUUUAAAAAAGCCACACCUGAAUACAUCUUUCACUGUCAGUCUCCAGUGGUGUCUGUUGGUUUUGCCAGAUUCCACCCAAACCUGGUGGUGGGUGGGACUUACUCCGGACAGAUCGUUCUGUGGGACAAUCGCAGUCACCGCCGAACACCCGUCCAGAGGACGCCGCUGUCUGCAGCUGCACACACUCACCCUGUGUACUGCGUGAAUGUGGUCGGCACCCAAAACGCCAACAACCUGAUCACUCUGUCUACGGACGGCAAGAUGUGCUCCUGGAGUCUGGACAUGCUCUCCCAGCCUCAGGAAACCAUGGAGCUGGUUUACAGUAAAUCGAAGCCGGUGGCUGUGACGGGCAUGGCCUUCCCAACAGGAGACGUUAAUAACUAUGUGGUGGGAAGUGAAGAUGGCUCUGUGUACAAUGCAUCCAGGCAUGGCAGUAAGGCAGGUAUCUGUGACAUGUUUGAGGGCCAUCAGGGGCCGGUGACAGGCAUCAGCUGCCACAGCGCCGUGGGCCCGGUAGACUUUUGUCAUCUCUUCAUCACAUCGUCUUUUGACUGGACGGUCAAACUCUGGAGCACUAAGCACAACAAACCCCUGUACUCCUUUGAAGACAAUGCCGACUACGUGUAUGACGUCAUGUGGUCGCCUGUGCAUCCCGCCAUGUUUGCCGCCGUGGAUGGCAUGGGCCGCCUGGACCUGUGGAACCUCAACAACGACACAGAGGUACCAACUGCAAGCGUGACCAUCGAAGGAGCUUCUGCUCUCAACAGAGUCCGCUGGUCGUCUGGAGGGAAGGAGGUGGCGGUGGGCGACUCAGAAGGUCGAGUUUGGAUCUACGAUACUGGAGAGCUCUCGGUGGCUCAUGCCGACGACUGGGCGCGCUUCGCUUGCACCCUGAUGGAGAUUCGCGCCAACCGGGCGGACGGCGAGGAAGAAGGACCUAUGGAGCUGGCUUCAUAGACGGGAUCCAACAUGUCUGUUUCUCCUCGAGGUAGACAGGAUGCUGUAAUGUGACGUUUCUUCUCUUUAAGUGUUUGUGUCCUCGUUUGUUCAGUAAGUUUAGCAAACGGUGAGCAUAUAGUCUAAUGAGUGGCCGCCUUCUGAAGAUCUGUGUACUGUAACAAGGCUGAAAGCUAAAACAAGCUGGUGUCCCACAACCAUCGUCCAUCGUUUACACCCCCUUUUUCGUUGCGCUUCUUCUUUGUGUCGUCUGCAUGCCGCACCUCAUUACAGAUAACCCCGUGGCAGACGUCUUCACCGCCAUGUUAAAGUUUAAGAAUUCAUUUCUCCUGUAAGAAACUAUAUGGAAAAGAGCUAUAUUGUAACUCAGAGUGUCGCUGUUUACCUUGGCUGUUUCCUAUUAAAGCAGAAGCCAAAAAAAACGA